GUGGUAGCACAUGUGCUUCCUGUGUUGACAGUAGUGAUAAAAAUGGUCCGAAAAUUAAAAUAUCACGAACAGAAGCUGCUGAAGAAGGUAGACUUCAUUAACUGGGAGGUAGACAACAACCUACACGAGGUCAAAGUGCUGCGAAAGUAUCGCAUCGAGAGAAGGGAGGACUACACUAAGUACAACAAGCUGAGCCGCAACAUACGAGACCUGGCACAGAAAAUCAGAGACCUGGAUGAGAAGGAUGGCUUCAGAGGUCAGAGUACACAUCGGCUUCUGGAAAAACUAUACAGCAUCGGCCUGAUCCCCACCAAACAGAAUUUGUCCCUCACAGAGAAAGUCACAGCUUCUUCAUUCUGCAGGCGGAGGCUGCCCAGUAUCAUGCUGAGCCUGCGGAUGGCUCAAAACCUGAAGACAGCUAUCACUUUCAUUGAACAGGGACAUGUGCGUGUGGGACCAGAAAUCGUAACUGACCCAGCUUUUCUCGUCACAAAAAACAUGGAAGAUUUUGUAACUUGGGUGGAUUCAUCAAAGAUCAAACAGCAUGUCAUGAAUUAUAAUGAUGAGAGGGAUGACUUUGAUCUGGUGUCAUAGACCUGCUGUCCAGGGUCUCAGCCAGGAGAGAGGACCAGGACACAAACUCUAGUCCUUCAGCUGGGACAUCAGUGCAGUGACUCAACAAACAUCGAGUUGUCUGAAGUACAAACGGAAUGAAACUCUUAAAAACUGACAAAACGUGCUCGUCAAACACAAUACUCCAGCAGUAUGUACAGUAAUGAGUACAAUGCAUCUAUUACUGCUAUAUCCAAAAAUGGUCAUGUGACCGCUGUUUGUUAGCAGGAUUACUUGGUUGUUGAGUUAUUUGUAUGUUUUUUUUGUUUAUUUUUCUGGGGAGGGGGCUGUAAAGUAAAGUUUUGGUAUUGAUCCACAGAGUUAAUGGUCACAUUUUUUUAGUAUGAGAUCCAGCAGUGCUCCGAGUGCUGUCUGUAUGUUAAAUAGCAAAGUUAAAGUAUUUAUCAAAGCUAAACACUGCUUUGUACUGUCAAAAUACACACCUGGGAUCCGCUGUUCAUCAAAUGUCAUUAAAAUGAACUGCUGGUGUAACAGCAGUAACACAUAAGAAUAUGUCUUAUUUCAUUUAGGUGCGCUCUGCUUGAAAAUAAAGGACAUGGAAGCAGUUAAAAAUGAA